AUGGAUAACUAUAAAUUAAAGUCUUUCGGUUCAGAAGAAUUUUCCGCAAAACUUGUACCUCUACACACUCAAGAUGAUAAACUACAUCAAAAGUAUAAAAAUGCUGGUAAUAAUUGUGAUAAAUUAAACCCUUUUGAUGAGAAAGAACUCAAAAAGACCUCGGAUUACAAUGAUUUGUCCAAAUCUCCAACAUCAUUUAAUAGAUGGCUAUCUCAAUCAGCUCUGCUUGAUGACCUUGCAAGAGAUAAUUCAUCGCCUAAUAAAGAUAGUUUUCAUUUUUUAAAGGAUAAACUGACAAAUUUAGACGAAGAUUCUAGUGUUUUUGAUGAUUUAUAUGAUGAGUACGCGCUAUUUUUUGAUAAAUCCAAGGGAAAGGAACACAACAAUCCUGUUUUAACAUAUGUUCUAUCCAACUCUGGUGAAGAGAAUAAGAAAGCAGAUGAUAAAAUGUUAUCUGAAUUUACUAAUUUCAAACAAAAAUACUUUGAAUUACUGGACAAAUCAGCAAAUAAGUCAAGGCUUAAGAGAGCACUUCUCACAGUAUUGUUCAACCAUUACGGGUCCUCAAGAAUUUUUAAGUACAUGACAUAUGAUGAAUACGUGUCAAUGGUUAAAACACAUAAGGUUUUCCAAGAUGAAUCAACAUCUAAAUUCAUGUUUCAAACCAUGGAUAGGAAAAAUAACCUAAUGAUAACACUUAACGAAUUCGUUUCGGGAAUGUUGUCAUGUUCUCCUGAGUGUGAAAAUAAUUUGAACUCUGCGUCGGGAAAGCUGAGGCUACAGCACGUUUUUAGAGCAUAUGAUUCAGAUCGACGAGGAUAUUUGGAUAAAAAUUCACUUGAAUUGAUGUUUGAGCAUUUAUCCCAAGGUUCAGGAAAUGCUUAUAGCUCAGAUGAAAAAACAGCAUUUUCAGAGAAACUUCUCAAUAUGUUUAACGGAAAAUUGAGCUAUGAUUCAUUUUAUUACUGUGUAGAAAAUGGACUCAUGAAACACACGAACCUUCUCUUUAGAUCAAAACAUGAUAUGGCAAGUUCAUUUAAGGAUUUUAUCUCAAACGCUUUACUUAAUUUCACUAAAAACAAUGCUUUUGAUAGUCCAAAUUUGUCAAGCAAUAGCGUGUUUGAUACUGAAAGAUCGGUUAGAAAGAGUUCACCUGAAAAAUUUUCUCAUCGCACAACUCAACUAAAGAAUCUUUCUGAAAUGAGUAAUACUUACUAUUCAUAUAAUACCCAGAACCUGACAUUCUCAUCGUCGACCAAAACGUCACUGUGGAGCCACACGCCAAGAGCAUACUCUGAGUUCACACAUAAUAAAUCACCAAGUAAGGAUUAUGGCUCAAGCUUCGAUAGUAACAUUUACACAUCUGCAUUUUCGCCACCAAAAUCUACCACAAGUAGACUUGAGGAACUUUCUAAAUUAUAUGGAGAUAAACCAUACGGUGAAGAGAAUGCAGAGAAUUUUGCUAAUAAAACCCCAACAAAUGAACUGUCGCCCUUAAAAUUGGAUAAAUUCGAGUCUGAGGAUAUUUUCGAACCCCAAAAUGUUAAACCAAAUGAAGACACUUUUGUAAAAUCUCCACCAAAACAAGAACUAUUAGAUGACGCAUUAACGUUUAAGUUACCAGAAACAUCUGAUAAAAAUGACAAGUUAGAUCAACUUUUGGACAAAUUUAAUCAUCCAGAAAAGACUGAUUUAGAAGAAAUGGAACCCAAUAGGCUUUUGAAUCUUGAAGGCGUAGAAUCAUUUGAUGAUGUUUUGGAGGAUGACGUUCAACUUCAAGAACAAUACAAGGAAAUGAGUGACUUUUUUGUUUCACUAGAGAGCGUUGAGGAUUUAAUUGAAGAUAAGGCCUGUGAACUAAAUGAAAAUUUUAAAGCUGAUGAUACUUUUAAUUACAAAUUUGAUGACGUAGACCAUAAACUUGACUUUGAAAAUUCUAAUAAAUUUGAUGAUAAAGAAAAGCCGUUUGAACUAAUGAAAUUGAUGACAUUUGGAGAACAAUCUAAUACAAAUGAAGAUAAGAACACAUGUAAUGUAUUACAAAGUGAACCGACAUCUGAUUUGUCUCCAGAUUCUAAAACUCCGUUAAUGGAUUUAACGCUCCAAACUCUAACAAAUCUCCUUUCUAAUAAAUACAAAUCCAAAUUUUUAGUUUUUAAAGGAUUAUUGGUUGAUGAUUCAGCAGCCAAAUUGGUUUUAAAAAACUUUAUGUCCCACACGUUUGGCGAAUCUACUGACCACAGCACCUUUAAGUGGUGCACAUAUACCGAUAUUGUCAACCUUUGUGACUCAGUUUGUUACAUUCUUAAAAAAGAAAACCCUGUGCUUAACUUAAAUGGAGAAUUCCAAGUCUAUUCAUCACUAAAUGGAGACCUUUCAUGUCUACUUGACCUCUUUAAUGCAUUCGGUUGGCCAAUGACCAAUAAAAAGUCGGUUGACGAACUCGUUAAAAAUGGAACCUUGAAUUUUAAAAACAACACUUGGUUCCAGUUCAAAAGUUCGUAUAUCUUUUUUGGCGGUUUCGUCUCUGAGCUCAGUUCAUUCUGUUUAGAGUUUGUGCUUUUGUUAUUUUCAUUGAAGGUACUGUUUCCCUUCCACGUAUAUUUUUUAAGGUCCCCAAAGGAUGAAAGGGAUUACACAAAUAAUGUAGGAUUUUAUGACGAGAUAUAUAGGAAACUAUCCACAAAUUAUGAGUCACUAAAGCUUCCCAAUGAGGAGACUUUGCUACUACAGUGCUCAAAGGAACUUUUCCACAGAAUUAAUGACGUUUUCGAAUACAUGUCUCUAUGUGCAGUUCUAAACCAGGAGAUACUUUGUGUUGAUAAGUUGACUAAUAAGUUUAGCCUUUCCAAGUUAGAGGAAUUAAAUAAACCUCUAAAUCAACGAAAUUUUAAUAAAGAGGUCUACGAAUUGCUCUUUGAUAAUAAUUCCAGUGAAAAGACUAAAAACAAAGAUUGUUUAGUCCAAGAUACUGGUGGAUAUGAUUCCAUGGAUGAAAAUGACUUUGAUCUGGGUGAGUCGAAAAACUUUAACAUUGUCAUUUGUUCAUCUGACUCUCUAGAUUCAGGCUUCAAAUACACGUUCAAUAACAAGGUUCUUCUCUUAUCAACCAAUUUCAUUAGGAAGAACCAAGAAAGGGUCGCCACUCAUCUCUCUAUAGACAAGAAAAAACUGACUCUUAAGUCACUUAAGCUUUAA